CUCGCGACGGCUCUCCCAUACCGUGUCGACAGCAGGGACGAAAACCAGCUCAAGUCGCUGUCUCCUCUAUGUCUGCUCAAAGCUUCUAACUGGAAGGCUGAAGAAGGAAGGCACCAACACUCUUCACCUAUGUCGCCAGAAAAACUCAGUGGGUCCUGAUCUCGCGUAUAUCGAGAACCAGUCUCUGCACCUCGAGAAUCGGUAUGUCCUGAAAAGGAUUUUGCGCCAGCUGUGGCUUCCCCCAUCUGUUCUCCAUCGGGCACGUGUUUCUCCGACUUCUUUGAUGUAUUGUUCGCACUUCAUUUCUACUUGAUCGGGUGUCCACGUUGUACCCACUCCGUUGUUCCUUGCCGCAGUGUGUCUCCGCAGGAUCUCGGGCGAACCCUCAACAGCCGCUGUUUUUCUUGCCGCGUUCCGUGGUUCCUUCCCGGAAAGCAAGAAGUCAUGGGCACAUUCGUACUAAUCCGUCUUCUUCAGACAGCCACCUCUCGCAGUGUACGUUUCGCUUCCGAAAAAGUUAGACCCCCGGUGUAGCCGCGUGCAAUUCCUACGCGCAGACAUAUACGCCAACUGCUUCCUAUGAUUUGAGUUAACUCUUGGAGGAUGGAAAAGCACCUUAUCCGAAGGAAAAGCAAGGCGUGAUCUCUGGCACUGCCCCAAUCUCCCUGCCACCCCGUUGUCCCCAAAGUUUCGUCCACUUCUACAAACUGGAAUCCUGGCGCUGUUCGCCGUCAAGCCUGCUACACUUCCGUUCGACGUGGAACACCGUUUUUUCUUGCCGCACUAAUUUUCUCUCCCUCGCUCACCUCUGUGUGCGACACUCACUCACGCACUCACCUUGUGCUGGCGCGAAUUACAGUGAGGAACCUAAAAUAAAGACGCCGAGAUAGCGUCUUGUGUCUUCACCGUCUUUGACGAAGUCGAGCAGAACCAUGUCCAGCCUGAGGAACGCAGGCAAGGGACGAGUGCUGAGCUCGGCUCUGCGUGUCUUCAACUUCCUCGAACCUCCAGAGAGGGUGUCGCUUCUUGGACCCACCCGCGCCGUCAUUCCUCUCCAACGCGCAUCCGUCCAUAGACUCUGGAAAUCUUCGCCGGCAAAGUCUCCACCUUCCCUUCGGGAAUUCGCAACGUCGUGUAGCCAUGUCUUGUCAGUGAAGCGGGGAGUUUGUCCAAUACCACAGGGUGGUAGACCUCUCACCCGAGGAUCCCUCGCACCUUACCGCAUCGCCGGAACUCCCCUUCUUUUACUCCAGCCUCGACCGAGCUUUUUCGCUUUUAGGUCUUUCGUUUCUGAGACGAAGGUGCCUUCGCCAACUUCUAAACCUUCUUCACCGGAUGAAACAAGCCAGGCGGCAGAAGAAGCAAGCUCUUCGACUUGCGAGGCAACGCAGAAGGCAGCGAGUUCCACCGAGAAAACAUACGAACCUCAAGGACAGUCUGGAUCCGACACAGUUCCACACUCUACCUUUCGACUGCGUGCUGGAGAGGAGAGCGACCCUCGGCGAACAGAUUCUGGGGAACAAGGAUCUAGCGACCAACUCCCACCUCCUGGCCGAGGGCUUCCCCUUCUCUUUGCCAUCUUGACUGCCCUCUCAGGAGUGGCUAUUGGUCUCAUUUUGUAUGACGCCGUGGUCGGCGAGACCGCCCUGCUCUCCGGCGCGUGGAAAUUCGAUUGGGACGGUCCUUGGCUGCAAGCGGCUACUCAGCGAGAAGCACAGCUCGCCGCUCAAGGUGUACAGACACACCCGCCAGCUGCCGUGAGAGCUGCCGAAGCUGGAGUACAUGUACGCCCUCCGACUCGGCAAAUUAUUCUCGUUCGCCAUGGGCAGUAUGCGAAUGUCGUGUCCACAAACGACGAGGAGCAGGGCUUGACGGAACUUGGGAAGCUCCAGGCAGCAAUUACUGGUCGCAGGCUAAAAGAGCUGCUCAAGGACCAGCAUGUUGUCGCCAUAUGGCACAGCGACAUGAAGCGAGCACGAGAGACAGCUGAAAUCAUUCACAAGGAAGCUUUUCCUGACAGGCCCCUCCUCCAAGAUCCCCUGCUGGCGGAAGGUGUCCCCGCGGAACCUGUUCCGCCUUCCCGAACAUUUAAGCCGACGCAAGAAGAAAUCAUGGUCGACAGCGCGCGGAUCGAAGAAGCGUUUCGCCGUUAUUUCUAUCGCGCGCUGCCUCCGACGUCACCCGCUCCUACAGCCGCUCAAGUCGCUGCGUCCCCCUCGGCUGACUCAGAGAAGCAAACGGGAGUCACAGCGGAGUGUAAUGUAGGGAACGACUCGUACAUCAUCCUCGUUUGCCACGGCAACGUCAUUCGAUACAUGUUAAUGCGGGCUCUGCAGUUGCCUGGGUGCGCGUGGCUCAGGUGGGCGACGUAUAACACCGGAAUAAGUUGGAUCAGCAUCGAUUCGAAAGGAUACGUUUCGUGCAGAGAGUUUGGCGACGUAGGUCAUUUGCAGGCGGAUAUGAUAACUUACCACUAAGGACAUUACCGGGAAGGACGAGAACGAACAGGAAACUGCGGCAGAACGCGUGGAGCAAACGGCAUUAAACGGGCUAGAAGCAGACGGCAGCUUGGAGGACUAACGUUUUUUUGUGCCAGAUGCGCCGUUCUCAAAAGGAGAAUUUGUUAAGGAGCGCAAAAAAACCGACGUGGUCGUCUCGGCGAUUCACGGUACUGGAGGUCAAUGUCGAACACCGCUAGUGCUGACUGUGUGAGUGCCCCCUGUCGGGGUCGACUCUAAGAAGCAGUCUGGGACUGCAGUCAACGAACGUUGUUCUAGUGGGUACUCCCUCGAUUCCGAACGAUCUGUGUUGCACAAGCACUGCACAGAACAGAGCAGCUCUGUUGCUACCUGUGGAUACUGCCCCGUCAGGCGCGGAAAAGGUGCAGCGCGUUCGCGCGUCUGUACAUUUAGCAACUGCGUGUCAAUAAGGCUGCCUACUGGUGCUAGUCCGCGUACCUAGGGAAAACGUUUCUCCGCAGUGGAGUUCUUCUUUUGGUAUAUAGAUGAAUAGGUGUAGUCAUGAGAUUUCUGCCACCACGGGAGAGAGACCAGGUCGCAGCAGCUAGGCUGCUAAUCAAAUGAUUCUCAUGAUCUAGUCGCUGACGAACAUUUGGAAGGCAUAUGUUGCCAUUAUCGUCGAGUUCGAACACAAUAGACCCCGUUUCUCCAAUACUAUAUUUGGGGUGCACACUAGCGAACGGUGCCCUUGAAGGUGAAACGGAUAGCCGGUCACGACAGUAUUAGUAUUUCAGGACGUUCCGGCACGUCUUCAGACGAAUUCUUUCUUGUGCAAGCAGGAAGAGCUUCGCUUGUUUCUAACGCAAUAUUUCAGCCCCAGCGAAGGCAAGGCAUAUCACCCUAUGCGUUGGUUUAUUCCGUCAUCUGUAGACUCGGACCGAGAGGCCCGUAGGUUGUCUUAACUUGAACUUCCCAGUAUACGAGUGAAGCGCCUUAUGCCAAAUGCAUGCGUCAGAGACGGCCCAAAGUGCGAGUGUGAAUGAAUAUGUCCCGGGAAGGAAAUCAUGAAUGGUGUUCAUUACUGUUUCCCCCAGUCAUCUUCGAGGCACGGACAGCUCUACUCUGUCCUGAUUCGUCGCCCGUGGCCUUUCGCCGUUUCCAGGAAACGAACCAGUACGUAUUCGGGGGAGAUGAGUUAGCACUACACAAGCAAACGUCUGGAACGCGCAGCAUGGCUGGCACUUUCACACUGAUUCCUGGUUUCCAAUCCUAUUUCGCAUCAGCAGGUGGGGACAGGAGUCUCUGUGUGAAUCUCGUGUACUGUAUCCUAUCAUUCGGGGCAAGAUAGCAGAACAAGCCUGCUCGGAGUUCCACGUGGUUCCAACCGACACAACGGAGCACAAACUAGCUAUCUGGAGAUUCAAGGUACGAGUGCCCUUCCGCAACGAGGCUGCUGUGUCCUUCUGUGUAUCGGAUGUUCACUUUUUCAAUGUCACUGCCGCCACACGCACCAGAACCUGGAGAGUGGAAGCCUGCAUUCUUGUGGAACUGCUCAGAUAGAAAGCACAGCAGGAAAGUGAAUUCGCUGCCGCCACAAGUGUACGGUGUGGUCGCCACAUCCAAGAGGUCUGACAAGUGUGCCACGGCAGAAAAGCGAAGGACGACGCUGCACAGGGCGACGUAAGUUCAUGUUGCGACCAUGAGACCGCAUGUUAUUGGUGAGCGAGCAAACUGAGUAAUCCAUCGUUUUUGGACGUAAUACACUCAAACAAAUGCAGUAUCUAGGGAUGAUUUUCCGCAUUCCGAAGAGAAAAUUUUUGGAACUCGAAUUCAGAAAACGCUUCUCUUUGUGGAAACACACCAAGUACUUCACGAAAUAAUCUGCAUCUUAACAGGAUUUAAAG